CUAUCAUAAUGCAUGUAUAUCCGCAGAGAUAAUAUAUAAUCUUCACUGAUAUUACGUAAAAAAGAUAACAUGUAACUGAUAUAUAAGAUAGAUUAACAUUAUGGUUUUAUAGUACGUUAACAAGAUCAAACAUGUCAAUGGCAAGAAAUUUUAGUAUAGGUUCUAUAUUGUGUAUCUUAAUCUCAAGUAUCAUAAGCACAUCAAUACCGUAUUGGGUUAUUGGCAAUGAUGAUUUUCGUUUUCACGAGGGACUGUGGGAAAUGUGUAUCGAUGACCCAGAUAUGAGAGAAUGCGUCUCGUUUUCUGAUAUGGACCGUAUUAUCCAUGACCAUGUUCCUAAGUUUGUACUAGCGACGAGAGGUUUAAUGAUAUCAAGCAUCAUCUUACAUGCCAUGUGUCUAUUACUGGCUAUCCGGUUUGGAUGUGUUCAACAUAUAAGUAUACGCUCAGCCAUAGUUUGUAUCGUUCUACUUAUUGUAGGAUGUAUUCUUCUCCUAACGGCGAUGAUUGUAUACGGGGUUAAUAGUUCAAAUUCACUGGUUACUCGCGGUGCCGCGUUCUAUCUACCACUAGUGUCAACAUCAUUAGCAAUUUUGAGUGCGUAUUCGAUUGUUAGAGCAAAACGAGCACUAGAGGAAAACCGUAAUGGAUAUAUAGCUGUGCAAUAAUUCUUAACACAUUUGUGAUUUGAUCAGAGCUUAUGAAGUACAACAUUAUUGACAGAAAACGGUAAUAUAAAUUUAGGACAGCAGGUGGCGAUCCCCUAUCUUUUACCGCUUG